AUGUCGUUGCAGCACAUUCUGCUUCAACCAAAGCUGUUACUUGUCUCCGUCCUAAUAUUUCUGGCGAUAUUUUCUCUGCAUGCACGACUAGGGACCUUGAGGUCCGCGUAUGCUACAAUAGGGGUGCAGGACGAUGAUUCCCAUCACGAACCCGAUGGCCCUGACUGGCAGGCAAGACUGGCUGAUGUCCAGAACUCAACACUAGGAUUCCAAAAAGUCUUUGCAAUAUCCUUGUCUGAACGUACAGAUCACCGAGACACACUGGCCCUCACUUCCGCCUUGACCGGCUUCGAAGUUGACUUCAUUGAUGGCGUCAAACCUAGCGACAUCUCCGAGAAAGCCAUGCCACCGAAUCCGGGUAUUGGAGAUGGAGGCGCAAGAGGCGCCUGGAGAGGACACAUGAACGCUCUGAGAAAGGUCGUUGCUGAGGGCAUCGGAAGCGCUUUAAUAGCAGAGGAGGACUUUGAUUGGGAUAUACGACUCAAGAACCAGCUUCAGGACUUUGCAAAGGCCUCGAGUUCUUUCCUGUCUCAAUUCGGGACCGAUCAGGUUCCACAUUACGCUGAAGAAGCAGGUGAAGCGAUCGAAUACUCCGAGUUGUUGACCUGGUUUCAAGACAAUCAAAACUCCAUUCCUGUUCCUAGGUCUCCAUAUGGUGAUGGCUGGGAUGUUCUCUGGCUAGGAAAUUGUGGUAUGCGCCUCGAAGCCAGACGACAAGACUGGCAGACCUUAGCUAUCGUGCGUCACAACGAUUCUGCCACCGUUCCAGCCAAUCAGUACUAUAGCUGGGACUGGGACCGUCCCGAUCCACAUCCCUACAAAAGCUACCCGAAUCGAACACGCCUCUACCUCAGCCAGCCUACCGACGGAGUGUGUAGUAUAGCAUACGCAGUCUCUCAACGUGGUGCUCGCAAGCUUCUACUCGAGUUGGGUCUUGAAAGAGCUGACAAAGCGUUUGAUCUGAUGUUGCAGGAUUUCUGUCAGGGUGGAUGGUAUGGUGGUCUCGCCGAACCUCAUGCUUGUUGGGGUGUAUUGCCUUCGUUGUUUGACUCGUACAGAGCUGCUGGACCGGAAACUAAGGAUUCUGAUAUUGUGGACGGUGAAGCUGGGAGAGUCAGGGAUAGUGGUUAUGUGUUGAAUAUACAGCGGAGUGUGAGGUUGAAUGCGCGGAAGUUAUUGGCUCAGCCGCCAGAGGAGAUCUUCGACCAGUAUCCUUAUGCUGAAGGAACAUGA